AUGAAAGAGCAGUAUCUGGACAUUGGUGAGGAUAUGAAUGUGCCCGAUGACUUCACUCCGACCGAAUUACAGACAGGAAAGUGGUGGCGUCAUUUACUAGCUGGUGGUAUUGCCGGUGCCGUCAGCCGGACCUGUACCGCUCCACUGGACAGACUCAAAGUGUUUUUGCAGGUGAAUCCAACCAGAGAAAAUAUGUUGAAAUGUUUAGCUAAGAUGAUUAAUGAAGGAGGUAUAUCAGGCUUGUGGCGAGGUAACGGAAUAAACGUUAUAAAAAUAGCUCCGGAGUCGGCGAUAAAGUUUGCAGCGUAUGAGCAAGUGAAACGGCUGAUCAAAGGCGAAAAACACAAUCAACCGCUAGAAAUAUAUGAACGAUUCGUCGCCGGAGCCACGGCAGGAGCGAUUAGUCAAACUGUGAUUUACCCACUAGAGGUGCUAAAGACAAGAUUAGCUUUAAGAAAAACUGGCCAAUAUAACGGCAUAUUAGAUGCAGCAAAGAAGAUAUAUGCAAGGGAGGGACUGAAGUGUUUCUAUAAAGGAUACAUUCCAAAUAUUCUGGGGAUAGUGCCUUACGCUGGCAUCGACCUUGCGGUCUACGAAACUCUGAAAAAAAAGUAUAUAAACAAAUAUCAGACGCACAACGAGCAGCCAGGCAUGCUACUGCUGCUAGCGUGCGGGAGCGCGUCCUGCACUCUGGGGCAAGUGUGCUCCUACCCGCUGGCCCUCGUCCGGACGAGACUGCAAGCCCAAGAGAAAGCCGCGAAGGUCGCCGAAGGUACAAUGCGAGGUGCGUUCCGCGAAAUAGUACAGCGCGAGGGCGUGCGAGGCCUGUACCGCGGUAUCACACCCAACUUCAUCAAGGUGAUUCCCGCCGUUUCCAUCUCCUACGUGGUGUACGAGUACGCGAGUCGCUCUCUCGGCGUCAACAUGACGUGAUGAACCCCCCUCCCCCUUACAUCACAUCCUUCUCUAAGAAUAUGUAGCUAAUUUUGCAUUUGAUUGUACAUAGCUCUCGUAAGUGUAUUAUUUAUAUAAUUGUGAAUUAAUAAUUCCAUAUAAAUGACAUUAAUUACGUCCUCCUCAAGUAACCUGUGAAAUGUCUUGUACGUUGCAUUUUUAUUGUUUCUGAACGCGAUAUAAUUGGUUUUAAAUUUGUUACGUGACGACUUAAUGCAGACACAUUAUAAUAAAUUUUGACUUUUU